AUGACCAAGGAGGGCGAGCCUAAGGCGGUGCAUGUUGCUGAGGAACUAAAGGAAGAAAAGCCUCAAGAAAAGGCGAGAAGCACAUUGUUACACACCCCAUUGGUGGCACAGGAGCCUGAAGUACCACACCCUCAGAAGCCUCAAGAGGAGACCAAGGAUGAUAAGUUCACUCAAUUCUUGGAAAUCUUUAAAAAGUUGCACAUUAAUAUUUCUUUUGCCGAGGUGUUUGAGAAGAUGCCUCCCUAUACGGCCUUCAUGAAAAGCAAACUCUCUGAGAAGAAGGUCUUGAAGGGAGAUGAAACUGUGGUCUUGACCAAGGAGCGUAAUGCACUGAUUCAGAGGAAGCUACCCAAGAAGAUGCCAGACCCUGGAAGCUUUUUGAUCCUCUAUACCAUAGGGACUAUUAUAUUUGAGAAAGCACUGUGUGAUCUUGGCUCAAGCAUAAAUCUGAUGUAUCUGUCUAUGAUGAAGAAGCUGGGAAUCCAAAAGGCUCAUGAAACAAGGAUAAACCUACAAAUGGCUGACAAGUCUAUGAGGCAGGUAUAUGGGCUAGUGGAAAAUGUACUGGUCAAGGUUGAAGACCUCUUUCUCCCUGCGGACUUUGUGAUACUUGACAUGGGGAUACAAAUGAUUCCAUCAUCCUAG